AUGGCUGAGGGUCUACGCUCCUCCACAGUUGCACUUCUGUGCAAUGCUCCGUGUUCGGCACCAGGCCACACCGUGCGCUCGGCUGGGCCUGCUGUCCCCGUCCCUGGCUCUGGAGGUUCCCUGGAGCUCAGACCUCCCACGUCCUGUGGGUGCGUAACUCGGGGGCCCGGGCGCGCCGAGGCCUGGAGCCCGGGGUCCCCGGUGGCGGCCCCAGCUCACCGUUCCCCCUGCGCUCUCCCCCUCCCCGCCCAGGUGGCCGAGGGCGGCCCGGCCCGCGAGCCUCUGCCGCCGCUGGAGGUGUCCCCGCGCAAGAGGCUGCCCGCCGCGCCGGAGCCGGACCCGUGCGGCGGCCGUCCUGCGCCCGAGGGCGCCGGGGCGGGCGCCGAGCAGGGCCACUCGGCCGGCGGAGGCUGGUGCCGCCACUGCCACACGAAGCUCGCGGAGCUCAAGCGACAGGCGUGGAAGCUGGUCAGCGGGCCCGGGACACCCCUCCGCGACCCUCGCCUCUCGGCCCUGCUUCUCGACAAGCUCCCGGCGCUGCCCGAUGGCCGCCCCGAGGCCGAGCGCCGCUGCUGUGCCCUGUGCACCGCGUCCCUGGGCCGGCACCCACGGGAGGCCCUGCAGCCCCUUCCGGCCCCCACCAGCCCGGAGGAACCCGGCGGCCCCCAUGGAGGGUCCAGCGCCACGACCAGCACCAGGGACCUGCCGGGAGCGGGGUCGGGCCGCCCGGGGCCGGAGCGGUGGAGGGGGCCGGCCUGGCCGCCCGGGCCCAGCGUGCAGGUCUCGGUGGUCCCGGCCGGCCUCGGCGGGGCGCUGAGCACGGUCACCAUCCAGGCCCAGCCGUGCCCGGAGGGCACAUGGAGCGUCUCGAGGGCGAACAGCUUCCUGCCGCCCUCCUGCCUGGCCGAGGCGGCGGUGGCUGCAGUGGCAGUGGCCGACACGGUCCGAGACGCCUGCCCCACGCUGGGCCCCGGCAGCGUGUCCAGGGGCUCCCCUGGCCCCUCGGCUGCGACUAGCUUCUUCAUCAGGUGCAUGUUUCAGUGCUGUUAAUUGUGUCCACCACCGUUACCCAAAUAUCUCCAUCGCUUGCAAUAGGAGCCCUGUUCGUUUCAAGCCUUCACUCCCCAUUUCCCGUCCCCACCCUGUCCCCUGGUGACCCAGGUUCUAGAUUCUGACUCCAUGAGUUUGCUUAUUUUAAUCGUUUCAUGUGAGUGAGAACACACAACAGUUGUCUUUUGUGUCUCCCUCAUUUCACUAGCGUGAGGUCUUCAGGCUUCAUCCGUGUUGCUGCGUGUGUCGGGACUCCCUUCCUUUUCACGGCCGGAUGGUGUCCAUCGUAUGGAUAGACCUCGUUUUGUUAUCCUUUCACCGGGUGAUGUUCUCUUGGGUUGCUUUCAUCUUUUGGUAAUUGUGAACGACGCUGCUGUGAGCAUCGUGUGCAAAUGUCUGCUCGAGUCCCUGCCUUCAGUUCUCCUGGGCGCGCACGUGGGCGCGGGAUUGCCAGCUCCUGUGGUGAUUCUGUACUUAACCUUCUGAGGAACCGUCACACCAUCCACGGUGGCUGCACCAUUUUAUUCCCACCUGCAGUGAAUGGGGUGGACGUUUCUCCACAUCUUCUCCCACACUUGUUGCCCGUUGUUUUAGUAGCAGCCGUUCUGGUGGGCGUGAAACUGUCGCAUUCUGGUUUGGAUCUGCCUUUCCCCGGUGGCUGCUGAUGUUGAGCAGCUUCUCCUGUGUCUUCUGGCUAUUUCUGCAUCUUCUUUGCAGAGACGUCUGUUCAAGUGUUUUGCCCAUUUUUCAUUUGGGUUGUUUGCAUUCCUGGCUCCUUGGGCGUCUGUGGAAGGUGGGAUUUAUGGGUGCUUGCCCCCAGGAAGCUGCUCCACUUUGCUUGUCCCAGCCUGUCGGCCCGGCUGGCUUGGUCCCGACUUGGGUUGUGUCGCCACAUCCUCCAGCCCGUGGGUGAGAUCUUACGAUGUUCUGACGCCACUUCUGCUCCCUGUUUUGUGGGUGGGGGGCUGCGACUCAGGGGGAAGGGGCUUUUCCAGACUCCACCAUGGCAGCUGCCAGCCUCAUGGGGCCUCAGGUACAUGCUGGGUACAUGGCCUAUGCUGCCCCUCCCACUCCCACAGGGUGAGUGAAUGAAUGAGUGAAUGAAUGGAGGUGUGAAUGAGUGAGUGAAUUACUGAGUGCAGGUGUGAAUAAGUGGACAAUAAGUGAAUGAAUGAGUGAGUGGGGAGGGAGUGAAUCCACUCACUCAUUCAUUCACUCCCUACUCAUUUAUUCACUCACUCUCCACUCACCCCCCACUCAUUCAUUCAUCCCAACUUAUUCAUUUAUUCACUUCCCUGCAUUCAUUCAGCACUAACCCCGGCCCCCGCCCUGCCCAGGGAAGUUCCCUGGCUGGUGGGUGGUGUCUGCGGAGGCAGCCUUUGAUCCUGGGAAGAAGCAGAGUGGAGCACCACCUGCAGUGCUGUGGGCCACAGAGGAGGGCUUUGAGGGUUGUGUAGGAGCUGGCAGGUGGCACUUGCCAGCUGGAGGCAGCAUGGGGUGGCUUUCGGCUCCUGGGGUCCUGGGUGGGGGGCUGGGCUCGCCCCCUCCUCCCAGCUUGCUCGGAGCGGCUUGUCCCUGGUCUCCAGGUCGGGA